AUGGAAAGAAACCUUCAGAUGCUGAAGAUCAUCAUCGAGCAUCGGAGAAACGAAAUCGUGCUUGCGGAAAUGAAUGGAGAUUGGGAGAAGAAAGCCGCUCUCGAAACGGAGGUCAAGGAUCUGAAGGUCCGUCAGGCCAGGUUGUCCUGCGCCCUUUGGGUUCAGCCAGAAGACCUUCCCAGCUCAAUGCAGCUGCUGGAAUCCGAAAAUCCUCAGCAGCUUCAGCAGGAAUUGGAGCUGCUGUUGGAGAAGCUCGGGCUGGUUCCGCCAAGACACGUCUUCGAUGCACGCGAGUUGGUCGCACCGACCUUGGAACAGGCACAAGCCAUCGCAGAGAUCAAGCAGGAGUCAGAACCAGCACCCGAACCUGCGCCCGCGGUGGUGCCUGCUUUGGCAUCAGUGGCACGAGAUGCAGAAAGUUUGCAGCAGCAGACGCUGCCAUUGACCGGGCUUCGGCUUCCGCUUAGACCUGCCCAAUCGGGAGAGGCCGACUCACCAUGUAGCAUCCCACCACGCAGCCCGGUGCAGAAGGGCCCACGUCCUCACACACCUCGACGGACGAGCUCCAAUCAGAAAGGAAAGGAGGGGAAAGGUGGAAGUGGAAAGGCUGGCGCAGACUUAUUCGGGAAAGGGACUGCUGCAGUCGCCGGGCCCAGUGGGCCAAACAAAGAUGCAAGCGCUGGACAGAGGUUCGUCGAAGUCCGUGAAGAGCCAGGAAGCCAUGAAGGAGCUGGCAGCCCAGGGAAGGCUUCCGUCAAGGGGCCACCAGGCAAAGGCAAAGGCGGCAAGAAGGGCCCGCCGAUGCCGAGCGAGGCAGUCGGCGCAGCUGACGGGAAGGGCAAAGGACAGAAAGGACCUGCACUCCCUGCCGGCAAGGGUGGCCGCAUUCGGAAGGUGACUCCCUUGGGGCGGCGAUUUCACUGGAAAGAACUGCCGGCUGACAAGCUGAAGGGCACCGUUUUUGACGACAUCCACGCUUCCAACAGCCUGGAAGUGCAGUUUGAUGGACUCAAAAACUACUUUGCAGACGAUGACGAAUUGGGAAAGGCUCCUGGUGCCUCGGCCUCGUCCACGAAGGACGACGGACCGAUCACCGUCUUCGAGACAUCACGCACGCAGAACAUCGCCAUCGUGCUUCGCGGCAUUUUUGGCCAGAUGCCAACCACGCAGGAGACCGAGGCGUUGGCCAUGGGCCUCGAGGCUGUAGACGCCGCAAGGGCCGGACCUGUUGCACACUGCCUGGACGCGGAGCGCACAUCAUUGCUUCCAACCGCGAUGCCAACUGCCGAGGAGGCUGCCCAGCUGCUUUCACACCCCGCGGAGCGCCUUCGUAACAUCGAGAGGCUGGUCUUGCCGCUGGCACGCCUGCCCCGCGCCAGACAGCGGGUGCGGGCAUUGCAUUUGUCUGCAAAUGCGGAGCGUGAUGCUGCGAUGCUACAGGGGCGGUUGGAUGCCCUGGGUGCUGCCUGCCAUGCUCUCCGCGGAUCUCUGGCACUGAGGCGCUUCUUGCGAACGGUUGCGAAGCUUGGAAGUUGGAUCAACUCCUCCGAUCCGGAGAUGGAGAAGGGCUUCGCUGUGUCUUCGGCGUUGGGAAAGCUGCGGCUUUUCCGGGCUCUGCGGAAGGACAAGGCGGUGUCCCUCUUGCACAUGGCCCUCCUGGCUGCGGCUGGCGGUGAGGUCGCCGUGCUCCAGGGCCUUUGCUCCAGCUUCGCUUUGGAGUUGGAGGCCUUGGAACCUGCUGCUCGCGAGGACCUGGCAGACCUUGACAAGGCCAUUCAGCAGUUCGCGGCAGAGGAGGCAUGGCUCCUAGCAGAAGCAGACGAUCCAGCCAAUUCCAUAGCCGUGCGGGCGAAGCUCCGGGCCAUACACCAGGAACUCGUGCUUCCUGCCCGCCACCAGCUUCAGAGCGCCUGGGCGGCCCUCCGAAUCGACCUGGGCGUCACGCUUCGCUACUUUGCUGAGGCAGAGGCGCCAACCUUCGAAGCAGCCGCAGAGCAGCUGUUUCAGACCCUGCACGCAUUUCAGAAGGAUGUGGCCACUGCAUCGUCGGAGAUUCUUUCCCAGCCUCGCCGAUUCCUGAAGGCUUACGCAGCCGGUGGGCACGAGCCAGAGGAACAGGACACAGCCACUGGCAAAAACAAGAUUCAGCCUCGGAGCUCCUCCGUGCCUAGCGUGUCAAAGGCCGGGCGACAGUUGCGGAAACUCUCGUCUUUGGCAGAUCGUGUGGCCCAGCAGAACUCCACCAGCAACGCGGCAUUAGCUGGCAAUGGCGGCUCUUGCAAGGUGCAACCGGCACUGCUGACGGAGGCAAAUGGGCUGUGUCCAGACCAGUGGUGGCCGCAGCUGUGGUCGAAGUACAGUGAGCUCCAGAAGGCCGAGGUUUUGGGCGGCCUCCUGUGGCAGCUCGCUCCUUCCCAUCGCUGUUCCCGGCAAAGCCUCUACGAACUGGAGGAGCUGGCAAAACGCCUGCCUAGAAAUGUUCUGCACAUCUUCGAGUUCCGGCAUAGCUCCUGGUACGGUGCCCACCGGGACGACGUAGUAAAUCUGUUGCGUAGGUGGGGCCUUUGCUUGGCCUGGAUCCACAUCCAAAACUCGGAUGGUUGGUGUGGCGAUCUUGAAGACGGCUGGCCAAGCCUGGCUCGCACUUGUAACUCUGCAUAUUUGCGGCUUUUUGGUACCAAACAGAAGGCGAUCGGCCGGUAUGGAGAGGAGAUGAUCCGGGAGACUAUCCUGCCCAUGGUGCAAGGCCCUGGUGCUCCUACUGAUUCCUUUGUCGUUUUUGCACAAGCCGAUGUGCCGGAUCAUGCAAAAGCAGAUGCGGCCUUCAUGGUAGAGCUCCUGGGCCGAACCGACUCACAGCCGGGCAGAAGCGCACGAUGGGAGCGUGACGUCCUCGUGGCAACCCUUGGACUCGGUGUUGGCAUGCAGGUCACCGGCGUGGUUCAGCGCAUCACGCACCGAACGGUCUUUGUGGACAUUGGCCGCUCUUGCCGAGCAUUUCUUGAUGCCAACCAUGCACGCCGGGCAGGCUUACUCGAAAGCUUGCGCAUCGGCACACAUGUAGAGGGCCUCGAAGUCCAGCAUCUGGACUUCCAAGGGGAGUGGGGCAUCGUCGGCCUCUCAUGUCACAAAGCGUUCGUCAGCUUGGGGGCUGCAGAGGAGGAAGCCCGGGCAUCGGCCCCAGCCGAAGCGGAGAUUGCGGAGAUCGAGGAUCCCAACCAAACGGCCAAACGGAGCCGAUGGUUGCGGCAAGGCACCGGUGAAUCUUCGGAUGCGUUCUGUAGUGAAGCCGGUGCCAGUCCUGCCGCCGUCGCAGUAGCAGCCCUGGCAGAGGAGGAGCAUGCACAGCAUGCACCACGUCAGCGCCAACGUUGGGCGCAUCGGACUUUCGAAGGACUGGCUGAAAUUGGCAAGACCUCCGGAAGUCGCCAUGUGGUGCAGACACCCGUGGAGGAGCUUGAAGAGCAGGCUCGCGUGAAACGGAUGGCAGCCAGGGCAAAGCGAGACGAGCGCACAAGCCGCUGGGCACGCGCCCUCGUCGAGAAGGCGAUUGACCAACAGCAGGUCGCAGAGGCCAAGAAGAAGAUCGAGUCUAAGGCUAAGGUGGCCUCUCAGCGAACCUCUGCGAAGCGCAGCCGCAGCGAAGGCCCUGCGCCACGCACGCGGCGAGAGGUGGCACUGGCUGAGUGCAGCCGUGCCGAGACAAAGAAGGCACAGGAAGAAACCAUGAGUCGGGCCGAGCGCCGCAAGGGUGCAGGCAAGGAGUCGGAUGAGGUCCCUGGCGACUGGACACCCAAUCUCUGGUCAUCGGGGCAGGUGCUGCCUGGCGAACCUGGGAAUGGCCCCAUGGCGGUCAGCACCGAUGAGUUCUUGCUGAUGCAGCUAGAGCAGCGUGAGGGAGAAGAAACGCAAUGCGACGAGAAGAACUUCGAGACGUUUGGUGAAGUUUCGUACCAACAAGGUGAUUGGAAUGCUGAACAGAUGUUCAUGAGCGAGCGUGUGGUGACAAGAAAGAGGGUCUGGAGGGCUGGCGCGUUGCCCUCACCCCUCGAGCCCGGAGUCGUCAAAGUGGGGCGAAACAAGAUGGGCGCUUUAGCCUCCACAUCUCCACUUAGCCACACCCGCGCAAGCUACCCACAGCCAGUGGAUGACGAGGCCGAAGACGCGGAGAAUUCAGAGCAGGCGGAGAGUGUGGCCGAGGAGGCCGUUAUGCUUGCCGAUGUCGCCGACCAGGACUCGCAAGAAGUGGCGGCCGAGGAGCACGCUGAGGAGGACGAGGAAGAAGACUGGCAGGUUCUGCAGUCAAUGCGAGAGGAGUUGGAGGAAGCUUGGGAGGACGAACUGGAGCAGGAGGGCCUGGAUGCGGAUGACCACCCAUUGCCAUCGACUGCAAAGGCGGCACCCACGUCCAGCUUCCAAGCCUGGGUGCCGCGACUGCGCGUCAGCUCCAGCUCGUCGUGGGCCGAUGCUACGGACGAAAUUCAGGAUUCCGAUGUGGCGGAGGACAGCCGAGAUGCUCCCAAGGGCAACGACGAUACAUUUCUGGAAGAGGAAGGCCAAGCUGUCGAAACCGUGAGGGAGGCUACUGGAGAAGAUGAGCCGUGCCUGGAGCACCCCCUGGAGCACCCGCUCGACGAAGAGGGUGUUGAAGAGGCCCCUCUCGACCUGCCGGAUCGGCGCGGAACUUUCUCAGAGUCUCCUUCGGCAGACGAAGCACCCCAGUCUGCACCCGUGCCACAAAAGUCGCAUUCAGAGUACGGCUUCACCAGAAGCAUCACCGACAAGGACGAGGAUGGCGGGCUCCGCCGAGGCUGGAGAGGUCGAAGCAAGCCGGAGAUUCCCAGCGCAAGCCUCGAGGAUAGCCGACCAGAAGCAGCAGAUGAUAGCAGUGAGGACGAGACGAUCCUUGCCACCCAGCUGCUGGCAGAAGCCGAGGCUUCCGACGCAAAUCCGGAUCGGGCUCGCCACACCGCUCGCUGCGUGCUGUGCGGCAUGGCCUACUCUCUGAAUCUGGGCUGUGACACUGUGGUCUGGUCCGGUUGA